AUGGCUGGUCUGAGGGUGGACUGCGGCUUGCUCCUAGAGCCUGUGGGCUUUGUUAAGGUUCUCGAGUUGCUUUCUUCCAUCUUUGCUUUUGCCAUGUGUGGAGGCUUUCAAGGUGUAACUACCUUUCUGGUUUCCUGCAAAGGUGUGGUAAACAAAACUGUUACAGCUGCUUUUGCUUAUCCAUUCAGGUUGGAUACUGUUGUAUUUAAUGCACCAGACCCAAAACACUGUGGUGGCACUUGGACUAACAUCUCUCUUGCGGGCGACUUCUCCUCUUCUGCACAGUUCUUUGUUGCAUUUGCGGUGUUGGUGUUCCUCUACUGCAUUGCUGCCCUCGUGCUGUAUAUUGGAUAUAAGCAUAUUUAUCAGCAAAACAGCAAGCUCCUACUAACUGACUUGAGUAUCACUGUCAUAAUAGCCUUUCUGUGGCUGGUCAGUACUUUUGUUUGGGCAAAGGCACUUGCUGACAUCAAAAUGUCCACGGGGGCCAGUGCUGUUUCAGGAAUCAAAUCUUGCAAAACACCAGGAACAACUUGUCGUUUUGCUUCUGUGACCAGCAUGGGAACUCUGAAUGUGUCUGUGGUAUUUGGCUUGCUUAAUAUGAUUUUAUGGGGAGGAAAUAUUUGGUUUUUAUACAAGGACACCAGCCUGUACCACCAAGCAAACAGAAUUUCUUGA